AAACCACUUGUUCUGCAAAAUUCUAUUCUAUUCAAUCUGUAACAUACUAUUUCUCAAGGCUAUAUAUAUACAAAUAUAUCUGUUUUAUAUAUGAAUGAAUGUGUGUGUUAUAAUUUGCUGCAACAAAAAGGGAAUAUAUAAUAUGUCGAUGGCAAUGGCAACAAUGGGAGUCUCAAAAUGGCCACUCUAUAACUCUCACGACUUGUUUCCAAAGGGUUUUUCACAGACGAAUAAUAUUCUCUUGAUCAAAAACCGGAUGAGUCUGUAUUCUUAUAAUGAUCCAUUAUUGACGUUUCAUCAAGAGGCUGGUAAGGGUGGUAGUAGUCAUACUCAUACUCAUAUGCUCAAGAAAACAGUUAUUCAUGUAAUGACUCCAAAUGUAUCUUCACAAACGACAACAAUGGAGUUGCUUGAUGCAUGGAACGACGAUUAUAAUGGUGUCGUUAUUAAUCCAAACAGCUUGCCUUUAAGUGCAAAUGCUUUUGUUUCUGCUCUUCGGAUCUCUCUCUCCUACUGGAAGUCAAAGGGGAAGAAAGGAGUAUGGCUAAAAAUUCUGCUAGAACAAGCUGAGUUAGUCCCUAUAGCUAUACAGGAAGGUUUUAAUUAUCACCAUGCUGAAUCAGGAUAUGUUAUGUUAACAUAUUGGAUUCCAGACGAAGUUUGCUUGCUUCCAUCUAGCCCUUCUCAUCAAAUAGGGGUUUGUGGAUUUGUGAUCAAUCACAAAAGAGAGGUUCUUGUGGUAAAAGAGAAGUGCCCUUAUAGUUGCUCUGAUAUGUGGAAGUUACCUACUGGUUACGUUAACAAGUCUGAAGACAUACAUUCUGGAGCUGUAAGAGAAGUGAGAGAGGAAACUGGAGUAAGAUAUAUAAUUGACACUGUUUUCUUAGAAAUAGUUGCUUUCAGACACGCACAUCUAAUGGCCUUUGAGAAUUCGGACCUUCUCUUUAUUUGCAUGCUGAAACCAAUGUCGUUUGAUAUCAAAAUCGACGAGAAAGAAAUCCAAGCUGCAAAGUGGAUGAAUAUUGAUGAAUUUAUGGGAGAAGGGUUUUAUGUAGAAGACCCCAUGUACAAAAAGGUAAUUGACAUUUGCAUUGAAGCUCAUGAAGAUGGGUACAAAAGUGGUGGUUAUAUUGGAGAGCAGCUGCCUUCAAAACUGGAUGGGAAACUGUCCCACUUGUAUCAUGCUCCUACAAUAUCAUACAAUAAAACUUAAAAUGAAAUUGUAAAUAAUAAUAACUUUACCAUAUGAGUUAAAGUGAAUACUCCUACAAUAUGGUAUUGAACUUUUCAUGUUAAUUGAUAGUUACACAUUAAAAA